AUGCCUAACCUUGAACAAUUCGUCAACUUCAACCCCGAGGAAGAAAUUCCUAAUCUUGAUGGAAAGGUUAUUUUCAUAACUGGUGGGACCUCUGGGCUUGGAAGAGCGUCCGUGAUAGCGCUCGCGAAACACAAUCCCGCUCACAUCUACUUUACUGGAAGAAAUGCCAAAGGAGCACAGGCAUUAAUUGGAGAAGUGCGAGCGGAGAGACCUUUGAUACAAACAACUUUUGUCAAGAUGGACAUGACAUCGUUAGCAUCCGUCAAAAAAGCUUGUAAAGAAUUUGUCCACGAUAGACUUGAUAUCCUCAUGUGCAACGCAGGAGUCAUGUUCAUUCCACCCGGCGUCAGUACCGACGGUUUCGAGCUUCACUUUGCCAUCAAUCAUCUCGCGCACGCAAUGAUUAUUCAAGAGCUCCUACCAGUGAUGACAGAAACCGCCAAGAUGCCGAACUCAGAUGUGCGUGUUCUAUCUUUGACAUCGACGGCUUGGAUGGGCCACCCGAAGAACGGUGUUACCUUCUCAACACUUCGAACUCCGCAGAAAGGGUUCAUGGGAUCGUCAUUCAGAUAUGGGCAGAGCAAGCUCGCCAAUAUUGUCUACCCUGCCGAGCUGGCUCGUCGCUAUUCAAACACAAAUAUCACGUUCCUAUCUGUUCAUCCUGGAGCUGUAAAGACGCCUUUGACAACAGCAAAGCCCCCGCUUCAUCUCAGGUUAAUUACGCUCAUUGUACUAUGGUUUAUGGGAGUUACUCUCAUGGAAGAAGAACAAGGUCGCCUUAGCCAGCUUUGGGCUGCGGCGGGAGCGAAAAAAGAUGAGCUGACAAACGGAUCAUUCUAUAUGCCUGUAGGAAGAUUGAGUGAUGAUAGACUGGACAAGACGGCGCAAAGCCCAGAGUUGGCGCAAGAGCUGUGGGCGUACACACAAGAUGUUCUGAGUAAGUUUUGA